AGUCACACUGCAUGUGUUGCAAAGAUUCUACAUGCAAACUCCAGUACUAUAUACUUGAAUUGAAAAGCCAAGGAGUAUUUUAUCAUGGCUAACGUGGAAAAAUACAAACCAAAUAACAAGUGGUUAUUCAUUCUUGUGUUCCUUGGGGAUACACUCCAAACGUCUCUUUUGGAAGUGAUUGCAGCAGAGUAUCCACCAUCUAAUUGUACAUAUGUAGCUGAUUCUCUAUCAGCUCCUAAUUGUACAAAUGCGACUGCAUCAGCUCCUAAUUGUAUAAAUGCGACUGAUUCUCUAUCAGCUAAUGGCACAUAUGUGGCUCUAUGUCCACCAGCACGUGGUGCAGCUGUAGCAACUGUUGUCACAUAUGCCCUUAUUGGGUUCUUUUUCGCUAUCGUACCUGCUUGUGUCUAUGCUGUAGUAGAAAUAUGUCGCCAUGGCUGUGAAUGUAUCAGUAUUGGAAAACAAUGGUCGUAUGUACUUUUUGGCUCUGUUUUCUACUAUUAUGGAGACAAUGUCUUUAAGCUGGUCGAAAUGUAUGCUAAUGUGCUCGGUCAUUGUGACAGAAAUUGUCUGAGAUAUUGGAGGGUGUCUGGAGUUAUUGCACUUUUUUUGUUCAUACGAUUGGAUAAGGGUCCGAAUAAGAGUCCGGAUAAGGGUCCUGAUAAGAGUAUGGAGAAUUGGUGGAAAACAGCUGCACCUAUGCUUAUUCAAUUAGUUUCCCUUGAUGUUUUUUACAGUACUUUCAUUGAAUUUGCACAAAUGCACAUGAUAUGCACGUCAACUAUGUUUUGCGGAGGACCCGAUAUCGCUCUUGUAGUAGCAGCCGGGUUAAUUACUCUGAUUUAUGCAGCAUACACUAUUUGCUGCAGUUGCUACAAAGUCAUCAUGUUUGAUGGAGAAGAAGGUCCAUCCACAACAUACAUGUGGAUAGUUGGUAUUUCUGGUAUUGUGACAUGGUUUACUUUCAUAGCCUACCUUUUAGCAGACAAUGCUCUGCCAUUAGACUUUUACUUUUGUGGUGUGCCUGUCGAUGGUAAGGCUGAAGUUAUGGAGUAUAUACAUAGUGUGAGAGCUGCUCUAAGCAGUUUGUGUACCUUUGUUUUUUCUUUUAUUGCUACUAUUUUUCUCAUACCUGCUUGGAAGAAUCAGCUACAGAAAAUGAAAGACUCAAUUAAUACGUGUAUAUAAUGCAAGAACUAGACGUCAUGUAUAUAUAUAUCGACUGAAACUAUGGUAGAAUAGUAAAUAGUUUUGUGUUGUUUAAAUUAAAGAUUUAAAAAAAUCUCUAUAGAUCUAAUUAUAUAGUUAUUUCUCUUG